CAAUAAAUACUCCCAGAGGGGAUGCCCAGGGCUCAGUAGCCGGAGGACAGCAGUGCAGCUGACAUGGAUAUUCUCUUUCCUCUGAGUAUUAUUGAUACAGAGCUGUGCCCCAGCCCCGUUCCCCAGAUCAUCCAUCUCAUCCUCUUCGUUGGGUUUAGCCUGGUGUUCCUCAUCAUCUUAAGCCCCUACUUUCCCAGGGAGCCGUCCUCAGUGCCUCCCAGAGAGGAGAACAGCGAGAAUGAUAAAGCUGAAGUGGGGGAAUGGCUCAGGAUCGGAAAUAAAUACAUCACCUGGAAAGCUUGCAGAAGUCUCUUGAAAGAAUUGGAGAACCUUGAGUUCUACACUUUCCUGUCGAAAAAGUGCCUGAGGAAGCUCCUUGUUGAGGGCAGCUCCCAGCACGUUCCACGCCAAGCCCGCUCGGGGUCAGUGUACAAACGAACAUCUGUGAAGAACCACCGGCCACGUGGGGGGCAUGGGAAAGCUUCUCCCACCAGCUUCCAUGUGUCCCCACGGGCUCCCCCGGCUCCUCUGGCCUCCGCACCGUCAUCAGUCCCGAAGACCUCUGUAGGGUCCUUUGAGUCUCUGUCAUCCCUGAGCUCCUCCAAGUCACCAGAGCCUUUGUGUCCCCUGAAGCAGCCUUCACAGGAGCCACCUGCGAGCACCCUAUCACCAAACACGACCACCUCCGCAGAAUCCUUGGGGUAUCUGUCAUCCCUCAGCUCCUCCCAGCAACCAGAGCCUUUGCAUCCCCUGGCGUGUCCUUCAUCCAAGCCACGUGGGCGUUCCUUUCCCCGACGACGGAAUCCUGGCUGGGUGUCCUGGACCGACUCCACGCAGGCUGAUUCCGAAACUGACGCCACAAUAUGCCCAAUGUGCAAGGCCCCUGCGCACUCCUGUCGACACAGCUGGUGGGUGCCUUCUAGUCCUCGAGUGAUCCGAGGCGUUGGUCGCCGCAGUGAUCUCGACCUGGGCCUCUCCUGGAGGCAGGAGGCUGCUAGAGCCUGGUGCCUCUGCACCUCCUCGCAGUACGCAUUCGAGCACCUUAAUCUUCCCACGCACCUACCAAAGGCUUCCUUCUAGGGAGACCCCACAUGCGGGCAGGUGGAGGCAGGGACCCCACUUCCCUCAGCUUGGAGGUGCCAACGCUGCUGGACGCACAAGACACCAAAAUCCCAGACACUCCCAUGGACACCGCACAUCCGACAUCCACGAACAAUUCGGAAUCUCCUGAGGACAACUUGGAGGCAUGUCCCCUCAUUCAGGCACUCCACAGAUGCUAGAAACACGUGUUGUAAUGGAUUGGGAGAGGCGGAGAUAGGGUCCAAACCUCCAGUCCCUGGAGCCCGUAAAUCUCCCUGGGAGGCUUGGCCCCCCCCAGAGACUUCUCCACAGCGCUGCACAUAGAGACCUGCCACUGCAAAGCAAAGACCUCCCGCAGAGAUCUCAGAGUGUCCAUUCUUCCUUCCUAGAGGAUCUGAACUCACUUAGAAAACUGCCAGCACAGGAGGGAUGACAUCAGCUGUGCCCUCCGCCGGAAAACCCAGAGACUUUGGGUCAUUGUCAACAUUGUCGCUAAAAUGGACUCUGCCAGGGAAGAGGCUCAGGAAUUGUUGCUCUUUCGCAAUGCCAUUCUUUCCUAACAGCACUGCAGAUUCCAUGUUCUCUGCAGUUCCCUGACCCACAGUUUGGAGAAUCACAAUUCUUUUUUCUUUUUUAGAUGGGAUCUCACUCUGUUGCUCAGGCUGGAGUGCGGUGGCACCAUCUU